CUCCCUGAAGACCAGCUCACCAUCUGCUGCAAGGUGAGCAUAGCGGGAGCCAUCUUCAGCAUGCCUGGACAGAACAUGACACCUGCAAUCAAGGAUCCAAGGCAUGUGUUGGCAGAUGACCUAGGGAAGCUUUGGGAGAAUUCCAUCUUCACAGACUGCUCCCUAUUGGUGGGUGGCCAUGAAUUCAGGGCUCACAAGGCCAUCCUAGCAGCUCGCUCUCCAGUUUUCAGAGCCAUGUUUGAACAUGAAAUGCAGGAGAGACUAAAAAACCUCGUUGAGAUUCAUGACUUGGAUCCCCAAGUCUUCCAGGAGAUGAUGGGCUUCAUCUACACAUGGAAGGCACCAAACCUCAAGAGCUACUCCAUGGCCUCUGGUCUGCUGGCAGCUGCUGACAGGUAUGGCCUGGACGGCUUGAAGGCCAUGUGUGAGGAUGCCCUCUGCAGGAUCCUCUCUGUGGAGAAUGCUGCAAACACUCUCAUCCUGGCUGACCUCCACAGCACACAGUGGCUGAAGACUCAGGCCCUGGAUUUCAUUACAGAUUUUGCCUAUGAGGUCUCUAAGACCUCAGGGUGGAAGUCAUUGGUGGAGUCACAUCCCCCCUUGGUGGCUGAAGCCUUCUGCUCCCUGAUUUGCAGGCCUGUAUACCUGUUGAGGGAGAACCGGCUGGGGAAGGAGCAGAGGUACAAGUCCUUGGUCCAGAACACCAACUAA